GCAACAAUGGUUGGUCUGUUAAGAUAUCUAAACAAUAUACAAUAUGUAAUAGAAGCUAAGCUUUCUAUCAAUUGUAAGACUUUGUUGUCAACAUGUUGAUUUACUCAGUUGUUUAUUUUAAUUUAGUUUUGACUUUAACUUGUUAAUUAAUGGCACUUAUUGAUGAACUUCCCGAUGAUAUUUUACUCAAGAUAUUUAUAAGCUCAUCUCCUCGGAUGAAACAUGCUGUUUCUAUAUCUAAUGUUUGUCAACGUUGGAAUCAAUUAAUGAAAGCUCGCUUUUCCCUGGUUAAAUAUCUUGUCUAUUAUUAUGAUGAUUUGUAUAUGAGCAGGUUUUUCAGGAUUGACGAGGAAUCGGAUGAUGAUGGUAAUGAAGCCAAUCAUAUUAUCAAUGAUGCAUUGGAAGCUGUGAUUGAAAGAGUCGUUGGAAACGAACCAUCUGAUGAACAAGGAAUAGAAGGCAAUUUGGUUGAAGAAAAUGUAAAUCAACUGAAUAUUCAACAUGAAAGUGACUGUGAACAAUGUCAAGCUGAGAGGGUUGAUCCAAGUGGACGCUAUUUGUGUAUCGAUGUUGAUGAAGAUGAAUUGGAAAUACAGCAAAAGUACAUUGAAUUGCUUCCUAAUUUGAUGUUUUUAACAGUCAAUGCACCCUCAAAUCCUGAUGAUGAACAAUCUUUAAUCAAUUUGAUAAACUCCAAGUCAAAUAUAAAAGGAGUUGAUUGGCACCCAUCGGAGGAAAAAAGAGAUGGACCCCCGAAAAUUCCAUUGAAAAACAUUGAGUUGUUUUUAUUUGGUAGUGAGUUAACCACAUCUAAUCUGCAAACAAGCUACUAUUUAACAAGUUCAGUGACACAAUUGUAUUGUUAUGAUGAUCAAUUGUCAAUCAUUGAGGCUGUCACUCAAUGCCCACAUCUACGUAGACUUCAUUGUUAUCAACUAAAUCAAGAAGCAAAGAAAAUUUCACCAUUAAGAAAGUAUCGAGGACCUGUUUUAACCAACUUAGAGGUACUUGAAAUCAGCUUGGGAUCGAAAUGGAAUCCUCGAGAUUUAAAAAAUUUCAUUCAAUUUACACCAAAUCUCAAGAGUUUAUUCAUUCAGCUGGCGAGGCCUCCGAUUAUAACAUUUACCCGCUCAAGCAAAUUAUUUCCUCAAGUUGAAAAUCUCAUUCUUGAAAUGUCUGCUACAAGGAAACUUUCUGGCAAAAUUGAGAGAUUUGAGGGUUUAAUUAGCAUGUUUCCAAAUCUGAAAAAUCUUGGAUUACGGUAUUUUCGCAUUUACACUGAAGAUCAGCUUUACCAUUCAUUGAGACGAUUGCCUUUACUUGAGUUAGUUGAUAUUCGUGAAUGGUCAAUGUCUAUUAUUGAUCAAAUUUAUGGGGUCGCUGAGUUGAAUAUGCCUUUUGAAUCAGUUCUUAAUCCAAACAAAAUUGAGAUUUGGUAUCAAAAUUUAUUCGAUCAUCCCAUUCAUUGUUGUAUACACAAUUUAACGGAAGAAGAACCAACAUUGUAUUAUGAUGGAUUUGUUGAUGGAUUUAAUUUCAUGCAUCACAUUUUUAACAAAGAUUUUCAAAAAAUACCAAAUUUCAUGAUUGAAUGAUCUUUUUAAUCUCCAUUAUUAAAGAGAUUAGACUAACAC